CGAUGUAAACACACGAUUGUUACGCGCGGCGGGGCAGGAAAAAGAAUAUCGUGUUACAUUUUUCCACCAGCAAAAACACCUUACUUUCCGCACCAGAGCUUCCUGUGACGAGUAUCUCUUCAAGCUCCAGUAUGCGCUCGGCGUGGCUGUGGUAGAGUUGUGGCACCGAACAAAAAAACAAAAAUGGAAGUCGGUGAAUCGCCCGAACAUUCCGGUCGGGGUUUUCGGCAGCGCAAAUCUAAAGCCAAUCCAAUGUGCUGCCCCAUUUGCGGCGUGACGCUGCGUGCUAAUGAAAUAGACCAUCAUUUUGCGGUUGAAGUGGACCGACUGGAGAGGAUUUUGAAGCCGAAGAAACAGACCGCAUACGGGGGUGCCGGUGAAGAUGCGACCUAUCCUAGCACAAGCUACAGCAAUGGCGAGGGACCUAGUCACGCUAGCAGCAACCCGUCGGUUUCCCAUUCGAAUGGGCACGGUAGCGAAGAAGCGACACGAAUUGUCGGCCCCGAGGAAUGUUGGGGAACGUACCAGAAGAUCAAGAACAAUCGCCAAGCAAGAUUAAAGGUAAUGAAAUCGAGAAAGCGUAAACCGGAGGACAACAUAUGCCCAAUCUGUAACAAAGCAACCCUCGACGACAUAACGCUACACGUCGAGGCAUGCCUAAGAAAGUCGGAAAGUGUGCGCAAUGGCACCAGAACAACGGGGAACCAUGGCAGUGGGGACGACGAUGACGACGAUGACGAUGAUGAUGACGCCAGUAUCGACGUCGAGGGAGAAUCCUUCGACACGUACGAAUGGGCAGGACAGAAGCGCACCCGUGUCACCAGCCUGCUUGGGGCGGGAGCACACGCGAGUCUCGGUGUGCGUAUCACAAAUGCCGACGAUACGGACGAUGAGCUGAACGUGGACGGUGACGAAAGCCAAGUGUACGGACCCCCGCAGUACUCGGUGCGGGACGUGGUCGUUUCGGGUGACAGCAAAUCUUCGGAAACGCUUCGGGAACUGGUGAUUGGCAACGAACCACCGACGGUCAAGCGACCGGCCGACGAUAACCCCGGCGAGGGAACGAGUAAACUGCAGACAGCACCGUUCCCGGCCGUUCGUCCGCCACUGGACGAAGCUAUGGACGAACCGCUGAGACCGGGGGUUGAGCCCACGGAGAGUCGAGUGGUUGAAUCGCUGAAGGCGAAAAUACGCGAGUACGAGGGAUACUUUCGAAACCGGCCAAAGUGUCUCAUCUGUAUGGACGAUUUCCGGAAACCGGUCGUGUCCGUUUGCUGCUGGCAUGUGUACUGCGAGGAGUGCUGGCUGCACACGCUGGGAGCGAAAAAGCUCUGUCCGCAGUGUAGCAUGAUCACCUCGCCGAUCGAUUUACGCCGGAUUUACCUUUAGUGCGCGUCAUAAGGCCAUCAAAGCUGCCGGGUGAAAUAUAGCUGGUUAAACAAUGCUCAGAAAGCUGGGCAGAUGUGUUGCCAACUUAGUAACCCGUACGAGCAUUGAAAGGUUUCACCAGACAUUCAAAGCCUCUCUUUAUGUAACAACAAAAAAACCCAAACGAACCAAAACGAAACGAAAGGCAGUGUAGCAUGAGAAAACACUAACACUCUACCCAUUGACAAUGAUACCGAGACAAUAAGCGUACAGGCUUGAACUGCAUGCAUUAACAAAGAAGGAUGGCAAGCAUGAACUCACCGUAACUUAGUUGUAGGUCGUAAUUUUAACAACUAACUUAAGAAAACAAAAAUUUACUGCAUCGAAACUCGUUCAAUUGAACACACUUCAGUUUAAUGCCGGAUCGUUGCCGAAACGAAUUUAAAACCACAUUCCGACGAUAUGCAUGCAACGUAUUGUUUCUAUCGAACGCGACAAAUGUAUUCUCGACCAUUAAAACCCCCCUAAUUACGUUUAACAUUUUUCGUCUCCUUAACACUCGAAUGACUGAAGUAAAGCGAGUUGAAUAACAAUAAG